AUGUUGACACUGUACUUUGCUCCAGGGGAGUAUCUUUGUCUUCCGAGCGAAGGCCGACCCGAUCCUCGGAACGUGAUAUUUGAGAAUGUCAAGUACAAGUUACACCCGAAGAGUUUGGAAGUGGAGAACGGAUUCAAGGAUAGUUGCGACUCACGGACUGGUUUCACCAUUGUCAAAGGAGAUUCGGCCGCAUUCCAGAAGAACAAUAUGAAGCAACCGUCCAAUCUUAGGUUGCCGAAGCAAGAUGAUGGUGAUAACUCGUCCAAAGCCCGACCGACCUCCCAUGCAGGCCGCAGUGAUUGGAGAACGGUGUUCCUGUUCACCAGAAAGCCGCAUCUUCCUAUACUUGCCUUCGCCGUGUUCCUCUCUGUUGCUAUGGGAUUGUUGCAGCCCGCGAUGGCUAUUGUUUUCGGUCGAUACUUCCAAGCAUUCUCGGAUUACGCAUCUGGACAAAUCGAUGGUCCGAUCCUUAUGGACAAAACUGUGGAUAGCGUCUACGCUUUGCUAGGCAUUGGAUUCUGUAAAUUUGUUCUCAAGAGUGGACUUUUCACCUCAUGGCUAGUCUUCGGCGAGAUGCAAGCAAAAGGUGUGCGGGAACAGCUUUUCCAAGCCCUGUUAGAUCGAGACCUCGCCUGGUAUGACGAGCGUACGAUGGGAGUGGGGACACUGCUGGCGAGGCUGCAAACGUAUGACACUUCACGCUCCCUUCCCUCAACCACUAAUCAAGGCAGACAGAUUCGAGACCUCCAGCUGGGAGUUUCACAGCCUCUUGGUCUCUCGGUUCUAAAUCUUGUCCAGGCUGUGUCUUCUCUUGGCCUCGCCUUUCAUACCAACUGGAAGUUGACUCUUGUUGUACUUUCUGUGGUUCCUGUCAUCGCAUUGGGUGUUGCUCUUCUCUCCGGACGAGCCCAGACUCAUGUGGAGAGACACAACGAAAGAUUGACACACGCAACCAAGGUGGCCAUUCGCAUCCUUGACAAUGUCGUGACGGUAAAGCUGUUCAAUACUCAGAAGCAAGAAGGGCAACAGUAUGGCACAGCGGUGCAAGAAGCUGCUGCAUCUUCCUUGAAGCAAGCGUUCUUCAGCGCGACCCAGGUCGCAUUCGCUCGGUUUGCUGGCACCAUCAUGUUCGUCCAGGGCAAGUACGCAGAGGUCCUUGCUCUCCAGAUUGUGUCUCAUGAGUGUAUCGUCGUCCUUCAACGCGCGCAUGCCUCUGCCGGUACGCUGCAGGCAGUUCUAAACAAAGUUGAUACUGGACGAUCUGCCGAGCCUAAAGUUCACGGCUUGCCGCCACGGUUCUGUGACGGGACGAUUGAGAUGCGAGCUGUUUCUUUUGCUUAUCCUGUCCGACCAGACCACCUCGUGCUUCAUGACUGUUCCUUUUCAUUUCCAGCUGGCCAAACAACCUUUAUUGUUGGUAGGAGUGGUUCCGGGAAAAGCACCAUUGGUCAGCUGCUUCUCAAGUUCUACGAGGCGCAGAGUGGAACGAUAUCCAUUGACGGCAUUGACUUGCGGGAUAUCGAGACAAACUGGAUCAGAAACAACAUUAGCUUGGUACAACAGCAGACCACUUUGUUCAGCGAGACAAUCUUCAGAAACAUAGCCUUAGGGCAUCAUGACCACCACCUCGUGGCUAACUCGCAAGUGAGCAAUUGCGUGAAGAUGGCAAACCUGCAGAGCACGAUAGAAGCUCUUCCCGACGGAGUAAAUACCAGAGUCGGUCGUGGGGGCUCGUCUCUGUCUGGCGGGCAGAAACAACGCAUUGCCAUUGCUCGAGUACGGCUGAGGGACACGCCGGUCUUGAUCCUGGACGAAGCCACAAGUGCGCUCGAUGCCACGAGCAGGAUUGCGGUUAUGGGGGAGAUCCGGCGUUGGCGGCGAAAUCAAACAACCAUCAUAAUCACCCACGAUCUGAGUCAGAUCCAAGAGCAAGAUAUGGUGUAUGUUAUCGAGAACGGGCGGGUUAUUCGCAAUGGCCGUCGGAACGAAAUCGAGAACGUCGACCAAGGACCCGAGGCUGGAGCCGACCAAUUUCAGCAGAAUACCGAUGUUGGCCGCAUAUCUGCUGGAACUGAUCUGCCGCUCAAACAUCGCCGGAAUGCAUUUAAACCAGAUGGAGCCGACAGCUCCUCGACCGUACGCUUUCCCAGAAGGGACUCAAUUGACGAUGCCAUGGAAAUCGUAACAGAAGACGAAACAUCCUCAUCUCGACGGUUCACCAUCUCUUCAGGUCCGUUAACACGAAGGUUAAUGAAAGGGCUCUCGGCCACCACAGGAGCUGCACUGAAAGAUCUCAAGCGGCAGUCUCUGGCACGGGCCAAAGCCAUGUAUGUGUUCGGGGGAGACCAGCUUCGUGUUGAACCCCUCGACAGCGAUGCGCCCCCGGUGCCAGCCAACAGACACAUCAAUGCGCAUGCAGCCGCAUUUCUCUCGGUCCCUCGCACACCGGCAUACCAGAGCAAGCCGCUGCCUGUGCCUCCGUUGAUAUUGGAACUCUCCAGCAGAGAUGAAAGCUUCAAGGACGCCACUACCAGGAGAUUGGCAGCAGUAGCUGAACAAGAGCAGAAACGUUAUUCCAUCUCGAUGAUUCUGGCAACUGUCUGGCCAGUCCUGAACCAGUCCGACAGAGUCAGGCUUGUUUGUGGAGUCAUUGCAACGCUUUGUCAUGCUGGAGCGCCAGCAACAUUCUCGUACGCACUCGUCCAAGUCUUUGGCACCUAUUCUCUGCCGACGGGAUAUCAGGAAAAGGCGCUCAUGUAUUCCAUGGUGGUGCUUGGGGUAGCUGUUGCUGAUGGAAUUGCAUCAUUCCUCAUGCAUUAUCUCUUGGGCUGUGUAAGCCAAAGAUGGGUUGACGACCUCAGAAUGGCCGCAAUGGAACUCGUCCUACGGCAGCCGAAAGCUUGGUUCGGUGAGGAGCAGAACAGCACAGCUAUCCUUGUCUCUUGUUUGGACCGCAGUGCGGAAGAGAUGAUAGAUCUUGUUGGACGUUUCGCUGCCCAAUUGGUGGUCGUCGCCGUGAUGAUGAUGGCGGCAGUCCUGUGGUCCUUCAUCACAUGCUGGAAGAUGACGCUGGUCAGCCUCGCAGUGACCCCUCUUCUCUACUUCAUCACUCGGUCUUUCGAGUCAAUCUCUUCACGCUGGGAAGCCCGAACGAACGAUGCCUGGGAGCGGAUUGGCGAUAUCUACGCAGAGACUUUUGCAGAUAUCAAGACCGUUCGAGCCCUCACUCUGGAAUCAUACUUUCACAAAAAGUACCAUCAUGCGACCACAGAGGCCUUCUCAGUUGGAAAGCGACGGGCGGUAGUCAGUGGGCUUUUCUUUGGGCUCUCCGACUCGGCCAUCAUCUUUUUCACACCAUUGAUCUUCUGGUAUGGAGCACGUCUCGCUAAAAAUCAAGAAUGGCCGGCCAAAUCCAUCUUGACUGUCUUUUCUCUCCUUCUGUUCUGUACUGCCAAUGCGUCAGCCGUGGUGACAUAUAUCCCCGAAAUCAGCUCUGCACAUGAUACUGCCAAACGACUACUACGUCUCGUGCGAACGCCAGUCGUCUCCCAUGAAGAUGUGGUUGGGGUCAAACUGAAUCAGGACGACCCAACCGUUCUGUUUGGACCAAUUCAUUUCAUCAAUUUGACAUUCUCUUACUCGACGACUGAACCUGACUAUACCUCCCGGGAAAUACACGGCCAUUGUGGGUGUUUCAGGGUCAGGCAAAUCAACAAUCGCUUCCCUCAUCCUUGGCCUCUAUCCUCCAAACACAGACGAUAUGGUUUCCUCUCGCCCGCAGAUCCCUCAGGUGGUCCGCCGUCCUUGACACUGGCUGGCCGAGAUAUCCGCAGUCUGGAUCCUACCACACUACGAUCUCUUAUCUCGAUGGUACCCCAGUCUCCUGUGCUUCUACCAACGACGGUUCGUGAGAACAUCAUAUAUGGUUUACCACCCGACUCACUCUUUAUAUCGGCUUCUCGGAUCGAGUCUGCUGCACAAUCGGCUGGAAUUCAUCAAUUCAUUCAAUCGCUGCCUCAAGGCUAUGCUACCAUCAUCGGAGACGGAGGCCUGGGAGUGUCUGGUGGACAGGCACAACGCAUCGUGAUAGCGCGUGCUUUAGUCCGAAAUCCCAGGAUUCUUAUCCUUGACGAAGCGACGAGUGCUCUCGAUGGCGAGAGUGCGGAGAUCAUCCGAUCAAGCAUCAAGACGUUGGUCACCCGAACGCAACAGAAGAUGACAGUCGUUGUCGUGACCCAUGCGAAGGAGAUGAUGGCAUUUGUCGAUCAUGUGGUGGUGCUGGACCAAGGCAGCGUUGUCGAGCAAGGGCCGUUCAAGGACCUCUUGAGCCGAAGGGCAGCUCUAUGGCGGAUGCUGACCGCUGAGAGGCCAGACAAUGAGUGA